CAGCGCGCUCAGUCCACCCCAGGUUGCGCUGCACAACACAACCUCUCAUCUGCGCCAGUGUUCUCAAGCAGGGACUAAUAACCGCUUCUAAGUGCUUAGAGAGAACAUCGUGAAAUGUUAUUUUAUACAUCAAUCCUAUUAUAAAUAUUCUUAAUUAAAGUGACGGUUCUGGAUUCAGUGAUUAAGGGAUAAUAAGGGAUCGAUUUUGGGGCAGUGAUUCAGGCCGUGGCACUAUGUUUACUGAGGUUUGGUAACAGAAAACCACAGGGCCUUCCCCCAGGCCCUUGGGGAUGGCCCGUCCUGGGAAAACUGCCUUCGAAGGACUUGCCUCUCGCCGAGCACGUCAAGGCGCUGAGGAGAACCCACGGUGACAUCAUAUCAUGGAGAAUGGGCGGCCGUAUUUACAUCUUCUUGUGCAACUACAAGGUCAUUCGGGCGGCCUUCACGAAACCUGAGUUCUCCUGCCGCCCGGAUCUCUUCAGUCAAAAAGUCUUCACUGAUUUCACGAAUUCUGGCAUCACGUUCAACGAAGGCCUCGGGUGGCAGACGCACCGCCGCUUCGUCCUCCGUCAGCUGAAGGACCUGGGAAUGGGGAAGUCCAGCCUGGAAGCCGCCAUCCUGCACGAAGCGAGGUGCCUAGUGAAGGACCUCGGCGAGCACCUGGGCCGCCCCGAGCCGUUGCCUUGGUCCAUCCACGUGGCGGUCCUCAACGUCAUCUGGAAACUCACGGCGAACCGGCGCUACGACGUGGCGGACCAAGAGAUUCAGAAUUUCAACAAGUUGAUCAGCCGGUCCCUAGAGAUUUUCUCGGGGCUGGCGGAGGUGUACGACAUGUUCCCAUGGCUGCGGAGUGUCGUGCCAAGGUGGCUGGAGGCCAGGACGGAGAUCGGCGAGUAUCUGAAGAUCGCCGAUAACAUUGCGGAGUUCAUGGCUGGAGUGAUCAGGGAGCACCAGGAGAGCCUCGACCCCCACAACCCAAGGGACUACAUCGACUCGUACUUACUCGAGAUGGAGGCGCAGCAGAAGGAGGACCCGAACUGUACCUUAAACUUGCUCGAUCUUCGCUGCGGGGUCGCCGCUCUCUUCAUAGCAGGGACUCACACCGUCUCCGUUACACUGAAAGCCAUUUUACUGUACCUCGUCAAGUAUCCCGAGAUCCAGAAGAAGGUGCAGAAGGAGAUUGAUGACGUGGUGGGUAAGGAUGCUCUCCCGACGACCCAGGAUAAGGAGAGACCGACCCCGGCUACUGGGACCGCCCCUUGGAGUUCCGCCCCGAGCAUUUCCUGGACGACCAGGGCAAGGUCGUGUCGAAAAAGGACGGAUUUUUGCCCUUCUCCGUGGGGCGACGCGUGUGCCUUGGAGAACAGCUCGCCAAUGUAGAACUGUUCAUCUUCACUGCGGCGCUCCUGAAGAACUUUUCCUUCUCGGCUCCUGGGGGCGUGGAGGUGUCUCCGAGAAACCUCUUUGUUGAGCAGAAAUUCGUCAUUGAGAGGCGGACGGGUCCGUAGGCUAUUAAAAGGAUGUCCCAGGGUCUAUCGAGGCGUUCGUGGCUGCUUUGACGCAUAGCAUUUGUUACGUAUAUAACAUAUUGUAUGUGCAUUUAAUGAUAUACAUACAUAAAAGCGCAAGCCUUUAGUUCAUGACCAGAUCCCCGAAAGGACCCUUCAACCUGCCAGGCAAAGCUCCACGAACACCUCUGUUGGUUAAUCCAGGCAACUUUACUAUGAAUUUGUAUCUUGCAUUACAUUAAUAGUUCCUCUUAGUAAAGUUAAUUUGCUUCAAUAAUCGUCAGAUUAUAGUAAGAGAUAGUGGGAAUUCCCCAAAAUACCCUUCAGACUAACGAUGAAUACAAGGUUUAAUGAAGAACAAAAGCAAGAAUAGUAAAUAGUUUCCCCUGUGAUUCCAGGGCAUUGUUAGUAUACAUACUAGAUUUAGAGUGAGUUAUAUAUGCAUAUAUCUUAUAUACUGGAAAGUAUGGUGCAGAUGAAGUGGCCUUAACUAGUAGUGAUAAUGAUGGAUAAAUAGAUCAGUAAAGAAUUAAUAUAUAUACCAGCUUUUAUACAUCAAGUCCUCAGAUGUAACAAAUAAUGAUCUCUUGAAUAUGUUUGAAAAAAAAAUUACUUUGUAUCCUUCAUCCCUUUUUAGCUAUCAACAUAUUUAUGCAUCUUCUCUUUCCCUUUCUUCAAUGUAUUAUAAAUAGUUGCAUAUGUAUGAGGGUAAGUAAAGUAUAGAACAUUGUAGGACUUGUAAAAGGACCUAAUCUGUUUAAGCAACAACCAAAAAUAGUAAUUUAUUUUUUAACAAAGGAACCAAGUAUAAGUUUUCAAGUCCUUCAAUACACAGUGGAGUAAAUGAUAUGCAAAAGAAAUUGAAAGGUAUAACUAAAAUUAUAAUAAAAUAAUUGUUAUUGUCAAUAUCAUCACUAAUGUUGCUAACAACAGUUUAACAAUAUGCUAUUGUACUACUACUAUUGGGUAUAAAUAAAAUAUUUUGCUUAGGGGAUCUACUACGCUUUUAGUGGUUCAAGCUAUGCAAGUUCAGGCUAUGAAUAGAUAUUGUAAUGUGGAGCAAUGAUUUACAGUAUAUCCAUAAACAUGGAAUUCAUCUACAAAAUCUGCUGACAGUGUACUCGAAUAUCUAUUAGUGACCUCGCACUGUAUUCCUGUUUAUUUUGAUUUUAGGAACAACGAUAUGUAUAUAUGUAUUUCAUGUCUACCAACACAAGUUUUCAAUAAAUCUUAUUUAAAGAAAAUGUCUAUGAUUCCUUGAGACACUCAUAAAAUGC